AUGGCAUCAAAAGUAACUGCUGUCAACGCUAAAAUGCCCCCGAGAAGACGGAGAGAAUCCUCCGAUGAUUUUUGUAAUGGAUCGCUUGGAAGCAUUGCUGGAAGUGCCGUGGAAAGCUCCAAUGUCGAAAAGGCGUUAGCAGCUCCAGCUGCAGUCCCAGCAGCUCCAGCUGCCAGCAAGAAACCAAUAGAAACCUUUGAGAUUGCGUCAGCGGCUUCUACAAAGGGAUCUGGGAGUGCUGUAUCGCCAUCAGGACGGCGGCCUUUUCGAAAACGGGCGGGGACCUUUGACUUUUUGGUGAACUUUGAUGAUGAAAUGACGCUGAACCUGAGCAACACCGAUGACAAUUCCAAGGCGAUGCCGCCAAUAGAUACAUUACAAUCGAUUAUACCACCUCUGCCGACGGGGAUAUUGAAUUUGAGUGCAACAGGAGACAAAGGGAGGGACCGAAGUAAUACAUUGGAUCAUUUAGACGCACUUGGGGCCGAAGCCGGGGAAGCUGCGGCCAAGAUAAAAGAAGAUCGAAAGCCUCGAUCUGAGAGCAUAUCAGCGCGAAGUAGGGACUCUGAUAAUAGUAGUCAUGGAACGAUGACGUCACAAAGUCAACGUUUUCUUUUGGAAGCCUUUAUGGGUGAUGCUGAGGAAAGCCUGAUGCAAGGGCGGGGUAGACUUGGGAGUUUUGAUGCUCGAGACCGAAUAGAAAGCUUUGAUGUGAAGGCAUUAGGGAUCCUUGAAUCGAGAGAGAGAUUAGAAAGCUUUGAUGUGAAGGCGUUAGGGAGCCUUGAAUCGAAAGAGAGAUUAGAAAGCUUUGAGGCGAGGGACCGACUGAUGAGCUUGGGAUCAAAGGAUAAGGGAGAUAGUACGAAGGGUCUGCCGGAGCCGGAAGAUAGGGAAAGGUCGGGGAGUCUAAAUUUCCGAAGAGAACGACUCGAGUCUUGGGGUGGAAUGUCCGAACUUUCCGUCCCGCAUCAUGCAGACAGUGCAACUGAUGGUGGGUCAACAAGUGCUGCCGCAUUGGCAGCCAAGCUGUAUACUUCGAUAGCCAAUGAUGUCUUUGCCGCUGCCAAUCUAGACGGUAAUGAAUCUGUUUCCUCUUUUUUGGUCAAUGACGCUGUCAUUCCAACCAGAAUAACAGUUGGCAAUCGAAGUCGGCUGAAUUCUGUUGCCUCAGAAUCGUCUGCCCUCGACGUUCCGAUGCCGGUCGAAGCUGACAUUGGUGUUGAUCUGCAAAAAUACGUUUCGGCAGCCAUGGCAUCGGUUGGGGAUCAGCUUGCGGCUGUUACUGCUGUAGACAAAUUGCCAAAUGACCAAGAUAGCGUCGCCAGCAGCACAUUGUCGCCCAUGAUUGGUGCUGCUACCGACUCCAAAGCCUCGUCCGUAUGCGGUGGAAGAUCUCGAUCCAAUUCGUUAUCGUCGAAUUUGAACUUUUCGGUGGACUAUGAUGCGGUGCAAGCAGCAGUGGAUGCAGCGCAAACUGCAGCAGCGGCGGUAGAUCUAGCAAAUAUUGCAAAUGGAACCAAGGCUGCAUCAUCAGCGAAUAAGAAGCGAAAGGCCCCAAAGCUGCCUUGUCGAUCACAGCAGACUCCUGAUGUCCAGUCCUCCUCGCAGCCAAAGUCAAAGCCUGAGCCGCCUUUGCAGAUGACCUUACCUCCCAUCCCGCAAUCCAAAAUGGAUGACAAGGACAUGGAAAUACUUCGAGAACGAGCACGAGCUGCGGCAGGAUAUGUGCCUCCUCCCACGUCUGGCACUCCAUUGCCAUCAAAGAAGAAAAUGAAGCUAGACCCAGCUUUGGACACACCGAGCUUUAAGACAACCCCCAAUUACCAAACUCCGCGAACAUCCAACUCAUCUUACAGAAAUAUGACACCCGGGACACCGUAUACUCCUGCCACGAUGAGUACGCCUGGAUCAGCCAAAUCCACAGCUUCCAAGGGACAAGCAAGUCAAAAAUGGGAUAGUAUGUUUGACUAUCUGGUUUUAUUCAUAAAAGAACGGCGAGUGCUAGAAACAAAAGACAUGUCCGAAGAGGACGCAAAAGAAUGGGUAUGGGAUGGCAAUGUGCCGACCACAUACAAGACCAAGGAUGGCAAGGCCCUUGGCCGUUGGGUGAAUAAUCAGCGUUCAGCAAAGAGUAAGGGAAACCUGAAGGACGAUCGAGAGAAGCGUCUCGUGGAUGCAGGAUUGAAAUGGAGUGUUUUAGCAUCCAAUUCUUGGAAUGAAAUGCUGGAAGAACUUCGCAUGUAUGUUUCGGACCAGACCAAAGCUGGUAGGAAAUGGGAUGGAAAUGUACCGACAAAUUAUCGAAUAAAGACCAAGGGUCCAGCUGGUGGAAAGGAAGAUGAGGACAAAAAUCUAGGUCGGUGGGUAAACAGGCAGAGAAGCUUGUACCAAGCUGGGAAGUUGCGGAAAGAUCGACAACAGGCCUUGGAAAAGGUAGGACUCAAGUGGUCCAUGUUGGCCACUACAUCCUGGGACUCCAUGUUUGAGACAUUAUGUGAAUACGUCCGAUCGAAGACCAAGGAUGGUAGCGAAUGGGAUGGCAAUGUACCUGCCAACUACCGAACUGAAGAUUCACCACCUCGUGCACUGGGGCGAUGGAUCAAUCGUCAGCGUUCGGCGUAUGGUAAGGAUAAGCUGAAGCCGGAAUACAUUGAGAAGCUCAAUUCGGUCGGAUUGAAAUGGUCCGUUCAUGAACGACGCCCGAUUACUCCCGACUCGGCUAGAAGCGCCGCAGUCAUCAGAGCACCGGUACCAGAACCGCCUGCUGCCCCCAGUGCAGCUGUGAAACCAGCAACUGCAACGAGCGCGGUGGUUCAACCUCCAGUCGCAAAUGGGCGGCCUCCGCUCGUCCCAGUCAAGCCUGCUGUGGCUACAACGGAUGUCAAGAAGGCUCCUGGUCCAACGCCAGAAAGGGUUGGAUCAGCUAAUGUAGCCACCACUCCGGCGGCGCCAGCUUCGACAACCGCUGUAGCAAAACCACCCGCGCCUGCAGCUCAAGCUCCGGUCCCUGUAGCAGCUCCAACAACUCCAGCUCCAGCAACAACUCCAGCAACUACUCCAGCAACUACUGCUACUACUACGACAACCACUACCACUACCACUACUGCAAGUCCUGCUGUUACGACGACGAAUACCAGUAUCAACGCUGCCAAACGAGCACCAGCACCUGCCGACGAAGCUGCUCCAUCAAGUGCAUCCAUUGCGGAGAAACCAACGUAA